UCCCGGGAGGCGGAGAAAGAUGGCGCGGCCCGGCCCGUCCUGGAGCCGGCUGGACCGGCAGCAGGAGCGCGAUGUGCGCGAGCUCGUGCGCCAUGUGGCAGGCCUCCGGGAUGAGGCGGACCCCAACUUCCAGCUGUGCCUGAACUUCGCCUGGUCCAACUUCAGAUUCCAUCGUUUCUUGGAUGUGAACAGUCACAAAGUAGAAAAGACCAUAGAAGGAAUUUAUGAAAAAUUCAUCAUUCAUUCCGAUCUCGGUAAAGCUGCUAGUUGGAAGAGAUUAACUGAGGAAUUUCUCAAUGCAUCACUUCCGAGCACAAAGGAGACAAAGACAGAUGCGCAUUACUCCAUACUGUCCCUUCUCCUCUGCCUGUCUGACUCUCCUUCCAACUGUGGUUAUGUGGAGACACCGAGAGAAAAAGAAGUGGAAAAGAAAGACGACUUUGACUGGGGCAAGUACUUGCUGGAAGGCGAAGAAGUUGGCCUGAGUCCAGAUGCGGACACACCGAACUGGUCUGAAGAAAGUGAGGACGAGGACGAUCAGCAGCCCUUGAGCAGAGAGGACUCUGGGAUUCAGGUGGACCGCACACCUUUGGAAGAACAGGACCACCACAGAAAACCGGGGCCACGUGUUGGCUGGAAAGCGGAGGAGCCAGAUGCCCGCAGCUGGCUGGAGCAGCACGUGGUCCGGCAGUACUGGACAGCGCGCACCUCGAAGUUCCCUCACAGCCUGCAUUUGCAUUCCAAUUUGGCUGCUGUCUGGGACCAACACUUGUACAGCAGCGACCCGUUGUACGUUCCCGAUGACAGAGUGUUUGUGACUGAGACACAGGUUAUCCGGGAAACACUAUGGUUACUCUCAGGAGUCAAGAAGCUCUUUAUCUUUCAGUUGAUAGAUGGGAAGGUAACCGUGAGGAACGACAUUACCGUCACCCAUUUGACCCAUAGCUGUCUGCGGUCGGUGCUGGAGCAGAUGGCGGCCUACGGGCAGGUGGUGUUCCGGCUCCAGGAGUUCAUCGACGAGGUCAUGGGCCACGGCCCUGAGAGCUUGCUGCCGGGGAACGGGAACGGCCACAAGAAGCUCACGGAGGCCCCCUUCCGAACCUACCAGGCGUUCAUGUGGGCCCUGUACAAAUACUUCAUCACUUUCAAAGAAGAACUUACAGAAAUUGAGAAGUGUAUCAUCAAUAACGACACCACAGUAACUCUUGCCAUUGUGGUGGACAAGCUGUCGCCCCGCCUGGGGCAGCUGAAGGUUCUGCACAGAAUCUUUAGCACCGGGAUAGCCGAGGUCCCGCCAGACACGCGGAACGUCGUUCGGGCGUCUCACCUGCUUAACACCCUGUACAAGGCCAUCCUGGAGUAUGACAACGUGGGGGAGGCCUCUGAGCAAACGGUGUCCCUGCUCUUCUCCCUCUGGGUGGAGACCGUGCGGCCCUACCUGCAGAUCGUGGACGAGUGGAUCGCGCACGGCCACCUGGGCGACUGCGCACGGGAGUUCAUCAUCCAGAGAAACAAAAAUGUUCCAGUCAAUCACAGAGACUUCUGGUACGCAACCUACACGCUCUACAGUGUGUCGGAAAAGACAGAGAACGAAGAGAAGAUGAGCGACAACGCCAGCGCGAGCUCCGGCAGCGAGCAGGGGCCCUCCAGCCGCCAGCCCACCAUGGUGUCCUUCCUCAGGCCCGUGCUGAAGCACAUCAUCAUGGCCGGCAAGUCCAUGCAGCUGCUGAAGCACCUGCAGGCCGGGGACGGCACCGCGGGCCAGGCCACGGCCAGAGAUGCAGAAAGAAAAAGCCUCUAUACUCUCUUUCUGGAGUCAGUACAGUCACGCCUUCGACACGGAGAAGAUGCCCCCGCACAGCCCCGCACGGAGCAGUUGGCAACCAAAGAGAACCUCAUUAAGAUGCAGUGCAUUGCCGAGAGGCACCCUGAACUGGACGAUGUUCACGACCCGCUGCUGGCCGUGAACUUUGCCAGGUUGUAUUUGGAACAGAGUGACUUUCACGAGAAGUUUGCUGGUGGGGACAUCUGUGUGGAUAGGUCCUCGGAGUCUGUGACGUGCCAGACGUUCGAAUUAACACUGAGAUCUUGCCUGUACCCCCACAUCGACAAGCAGUAUCUCGAGUGCUGUGGGAACCUCAUGCGGACGCUGAAGAAAGAUUACAGGUUGGUGGAGUACUUGCAGGCCAUGAGGAAUUUCUUCUUGAUGGAAGGUGGAGAUACCAUGUAUGACUUCUACACAUCGAUUUUUGAUAAAAUAAGAGAAAAGGAAACCUGGCAAAAUGUGUCUUUUCUUAACGUCCAGCUCCAGGAGGCAGUAGGACAGCGUUACCCCGAAGACAGUUCACGUCUCUCUAUAUCUUUCGAAAACGUGGACACAGCUAAGAAGAAACUCCCCGUUCAUAUCCUAGAUGGUCUGACCCUGAGCUACAAGGUCCCAUGGCCUGUGGACAUUGUUAUAAGCUCGGAAUGUCAAAAAAUUUACAACCAGGUGUUCCUUCUCUUACUGCAGAUUAAGUGGGCAAAGUAUAGUCUGGACGUGUUGCUAUUUGGUGAGACAGCUGAGAAACCGCACCUGCAGGAAGGACUCCAGUGCGGGCCGCAGAGGAAACCAGUGCGGCAGCAGAUCCACCGCAUGCUCCUCUUGCGCGUGAAGCUCAUGCACUUCGUGAACAGCCUGCACAACUACAUCAUGACCAGGAUCCUUCACAGUACAGGGCUGGAAUUUCAACAUCAAAUCGAGGAAGCCAAGGACUUAGAUCAAUUGAUUAAAAUCCACUACAGAUACCUGUCAACCAUCCACGAUCGAUGUCUGCUGAGAGAAAAGGUCAGCUUCGUGAAGGAGGCCAUCAUGAAAGUGUUGAACUUGGCGCUCAUGUUUGCGGACGGUUGGCAGGCAGGGCUGGGGGCCUGGCAGAUGGAAUCUAUAGAGAAAAUGGAGUCCGAUUUUAAAAACUGCCACAUGUUUCUGGUCACCAUUUUAAACAAAGCCGUCUGUAGAGGGUCCUUUCCACAUCUGGAGUCCCUAGCCCUGUCCCUCAUGGCCGGCAUGGAGCAGACGUAGGUGUCCCCGCGUGAUGAGCACCUCACACUUCCCCUCCAUGCGUGUGUGUCUGCACCACGUGCUGCCGAGAAGCAGGAACCGUUUCAGCACUGUCGUCUCCUGUCUAGACAAGGGAGGGUUUGCAGGCGUUUUCUCUGAGGCUGCUGGGCAGCGUGGAGCGCAGGGUGGAGCCUUUGAAAUGACGUCCGUGACGGAAAGUGUGCGUGGGUCGUUCACACUCACACGCCCUGUCGUCAGCUGUGCGUUUAUGGUGUUGAUCCCUUCGAUGGGAAUUGUAUCAUUUUUGUAAAUGGAAUUGUUAGUAUGAAAAAUAAAGCACUUUACAUUUUUUGGUUCUCCCUUUGCGCAGUCCCAGAAGUUUUUUGGGUAGUGUUACAUGCUGUUUUUUCCUAAAGCUUGUGUUAGAUUUACCUGUCUGAAACAUGUAUUUUUAUGUGGCCAGGAAGUUCCAAAAUGGACAGUAACUUCAACCAAUACCAGUAACCGUAAAAGGCCAACUGGACAUGGGAUGUGGGACCAGCUGUGGGUCCGCACUGUCACUGGGCAUAUCUGAGCCAUUUUUGUUGGCUAAAAUUGUGCUCACUGUUCUGUUUUUCCACACUUCCUCUGCGUGCUUUCUGAACAUCCCUAGUGUUUAUGACUGAGCACUUAUUUACCAUUCAUUUUCCACAAACAAGCACUGACCCAAACAGCGGCAGAGCUGAGCACCUGGGUGCCUUGUCCUCAGAUGCCGUCCUGGUCACCCUGCCGGCCCAUGGCAUGUCUGGGAGCAGCAGCCCCUCCUGGGAGCCAGCCCAGUUUCGAGGCUUCCCGCUGGAAUGGGAAGAAGUUCGUGGAGGUGACCUUCCGAUGCUCGGGGCAGCACAGCUGCUCCCGGGUCUGAAGAAAAUGCCGCAGCGUCACCUGACCACUGAGGGACAGAAGGCCACUGCACCCCCUGCCUAAGGACAGCAGUGUGAGCCCCCCGAGGCUCUAAACAGCAGUGGCCGGGUUCUUCUGGCCUAAAGAUCUUCAUACGUCACCAAACUCAUCACACCCAGCAGACAAAGCAUGCGUCGCUCGUGAACUGAUGCAGCCUCCGACACGCACAGCUUUGGCGGAUAGUGAACUAGGCACAGCUCCCACCCAGCGACACCUAAAAGGUCACACUAAAGUCCUGUUUACCUCAGUCCUUGUACCCAGUUAAAUGUGUCAU